AUGAUCAAUCCGCGCGUAUUCGAAUCGCUGCGGGCUCGCGCCGAGCAGGAGACCAGUGCCCGGGCGGCGAUUGAUGGACUCGUGGAGGCACUGGAGCGCAGCGUGGCCUAUGCCCAAGGCGUGUUGUCGCGGGUUCACGCAACGCCGCGAGCUCGAUACGCCGACCUUUUGCUGCCGGCGGCCGAGGCGGCGGUGGCUGACGAGACGGCGAAGAUCCGGCAGCUGGCCGAGGUGGCAUCAGCGCACCCAUACUACAAAUUUAACAACCGCUGGACACGACACCUGCAGGACGCCAUCGCGACGGUGCUGUUGACGGCAUGGCUGGGCGGCAGUGUGGGUGGCAGCAGCGGUGGCAGCACAGAUCCUGGCGAGCUCGGCCGGCUGCUUACGCUGGAGGAAGUGGGCGAGGCGCUUGGUGUGCCGGUGGACGGGCCGGUCGAUGCGGCGGCAGCACAGACGGAUGUGGAUGUCGGCGCGGAGGACCGGUUCCACGUGGCGCUCGACGAGUACCUGUCAGCGCUGACGAUGCUGGCCGACGAGCUGGGCCGACUGGCGAUGAACGCGGUCACGCUUGGCGACGGGGCGCUGGCCGUGCGCAUCAGCCGGUUUGUCAAGGAGCUGCACGGCGGCUUCCAGCUGCUCAACCUGAAGAACGACUUUCUGCGGAAGCGCGUGGACGGGGUCAAGUACGCGGUGAAGCGCGUCGAGGGCGUCAUCUACGACCUGGCGCUGCGGAACCUGCUGCCAGCUGAGGUGGGAGCGGAAUCGGAGGACGGCGAGACCAAAACCGUAGCUGCUGCUACGGCUGCAGAGAAGGCUACGGACAGCAGGAUGGGCGAGGCUUAA